AUGAAACUCGAAGAUAUUUCUCUAUCAAUCUGGCGGGACAUUGGGGGACCGCGUUUGGAUCAGUUUGCAUUUGUAGUGGCGAAGGGUUCAGCUGGUGGAAUAGCGAUUGGAUGGAAUAGCUAUUUGUUUACAGGAACGACUGCUUUUGUAGGCCUAUUCUGUCUUUCGGUAGACUUUAUUUCUAAGCGUGAUAACUUUAGUUGGCGUUGCACGGUGGUGUACGAACCCAAUGAUAGGGGUCACAAGCAUGCUUUCUGGGCGGAGCUGAUCAGUAACAAGGGGGUUAAGCUUGAUCAUUUUCUGGUUAACAAGGGGUGGUUAGAUCGUUUUCCUAGCGUGGUUCAGGUUAGCCUGCCUAGACUCGGAUCAGAUCAUGUUCCAAUUCGGCUCGAAGUCGGUAGUCAUUUUUCCAAGCCUAGACCGUUUCGUUAUGAGUUGGUCUGGUCCACAGGUGAGGGGUUCCAUAAGUUAGUGCAACACUGGUGGACGGCGAUUUCACCCAUUGGAUGUGGGGCUUUUAUCUUUUCAAAAAAAUUGGCAAGGGUUAGGGCUCACCUGCGGCAUUGGGCUAAGUUUAGAUUUGGGUCGAUCAAGCUUAAAAAGCUAGCCUUACUACAUGAGAUUGAAGUGUUGGAUAUUGCCAAGGAUUCGAGGAUGCUCACUGACAUUGAAACCAGGGAGGAGGAGGUGCUUAUUGGCAAACUGCUAGAUGUUCAGAAACAAGAAGAAAUCUAUUGGAAACAGAGAUCAAGAUUGCAAUGGUUGAAGGAGGAGGAUGAAAAUAUGAAAUUUUUCCAUGCGGUGGCCAAUGGUCGCAAGAAUCGCAAUUUCAUCCCCUGUGUUAUUCAUGGAGGAUCCACGCUUGUGGAUGAGCAUGAUAUUGGAAGGUUGUUCACCAAUCACUUUACGCAACAGUUCGGAUUUCGGCGGCCCAGCAAAUUCAAGAUCAAUUUUCAGAAGCUCUUUCACCUCAAGACCCCUGUUGAUUUGUCAACUCUGGAUAGGCCUUUUACUUUGGAGGAAGUCCGCAAGGCUGUUUUUGAACUGGGGAGAGAUAAAGCGCCGGGUCCUGAUGGUUUCCCCUUGAUUUUCUUUAGACAAUUCUGA